AUGGAGGGAAAAAAAAACAAAGAAACAAAAAAUAAUGGAGGUAAAGAAGUGAGAAAGAGAAGAAAAAACAAAAAAGAUCCACAUGCACCAAAAAGAUCUUUAUCUGCUUAUAUGUUUUUUGCAAAAGAAAAAAGAGCAGAAAUAAUAAGAAAUGAUCCAGAAUUAAGUAAAGAUGUUGCUACUGUUGGUAAAAUGAUAGGAGAAGCUUGGAAUAAAUUGGGAGAAAAAGAAAAAAUUCCUUUUGAAAAAAAAGCACAAGAAGAUAAAAUAAGAUAUGAAAAAGAAAAAGCUGAAUAUGCUAGUUCUAAAGUGAAAGCAUAA